GUGGCUUGGCAGAGGACGUUUAUUACGGAAGAUCUCUCAAAGGCUAUCAUAAAAAGAUUAUAAGGCAUCAGAAAUGUUUAUUUUAAUGCACUUCACGUGAUUUGUGAGUCGCUUUUGCGCGUGUUUGGAUUGUUUUUUCCCUCGCGCAAUGACUUUGGCACGGGGUUUGCUCGUAAUCCUGAGUUUAGUUUCCAACUCUGAGGCAAAAUGCUCUCCCACCUCAUUUUAUAAAAACUGCUGGAUUCGUCGUUUCCCCGGGAUAUUUAUCGAUAUCGACGAGUCUCAACGAAGGGGCGCCCAGCUCCUGAAAUUCUACCAGGAGGACUCGGCGCUGAAGUGCAGCCGCACCUGUUGCAUUACACGAAACUUUUCCUGUAACCUGGCCGUGUUCCACUAUGACACCGUCCAGGAGAGCGUCAACUGCUUUCAUCUGCGCUGCCCCGAGUUGGACAGCUGCGUCCUGAGGCGCAGAAACAACGUUGUCCUCUACAAUGUGACCAAAGGUGUGGACCCCGACCUGCUGGUGUUUGGGAAGUACUUCACCUCCAGUGUGCGGGUUUGGCCCCACCUCUCCUCCAGACUCAACGCAUCUGAGCCCCUGGCCUCUGACAAGCGCAAUUUCAACCGCCCCCUUGUCAUAGCAACAACCCCCCCAACCACAACCGCCGCACAGCCACCCACCACAGCCACCACAGGGGCAACUACCACAGUGUCACUAACCACGGGAACAACUACUACAAGGACAACUACCAUAGGGGUACCUAUGCCUGAGUUUGCUACCACAGGGGCAACUACUACAGCGAUAACUACCCCAGCACCACUAGCCAUAGGGAUAACUACCCCACGGGCAACUACCACAGAACCACAGUCCACAGAGGUAACUACUACAGCACUGCUGGUCAAAGAGAAAACUACCCCAGCAGUAACUACUCCUGAGGCAACUACCCCUGGCACAAAUACUCUCGAAACAAUUAUCCCUGGGGCAACAACUCAUGGGGCAACUACACUAAGAGUAACUACUAUUGUGGUAUUUACCACAGUGGCAGUUACCACAACCUCACUAACCCCCAGGGCCUCCACUCGAUCAUCCCCAGUCCCAGGCACACCCACCCAAAGCUCCAGCCACCAGGUGAGCAAUUCUCCCUCCAUCCUGUUUUCCCCUACACCACUCACUUCCCCCAGCACACCAACCUCCUCCACCCACACCCCCACACACCCACAUCGUUCACCCACCACAACCACGUCCUCCACCCGCACCCCCAGCACACCAACCUCCCCCACCCACACCUCCAGCACACCCACCGCCUCCACCUACAUCCCCAGUACACCCAACUCCUCCACCCACAUCCCCAGCACACCCACCUCCCCCACAAACACCCCCAACACACUCACACCCUCCUCUCCUACCCACACCCCCAGCACACCCAACACUCCGACCUACGCUGCUUCCUCCACCAAGACCUCCACCGAUCCAUCUCUCUCCUCCUCCACCACCCUGCCGGUCACCCCAUACUCCACUAUCGCCAUUCCCGCCAACCUCGAUGGAGGGAAAAACUCCCAGAAUGACACCAAAGGCUACGUCAGCCGUAACCUCACCACGGUGGACGGGGCGGGGCUAGGGGAGGGAGAGAGGGUGGGGCUGGGUUCAGGGACCGAGGCCGGGGAAGACCAGAGUCCCGCCCACAACCUGACACCAGUCUGGCACCUGGCGGCCAACACCCUGCUGGUUCCUGUGAUCGCGUGUGUCGCCGCCCUGCUGGCCUGCUGCUGCACUGUCCUGAUGGCGGUCGGUAUGCGCUGCAGGAGGAAAGGCCGCUACAGGGCCUCCCGACGGAACGGCAGGGGCUCCAUGCGCCUCAUCAAGUACGUCAUCGUCAGGGAGAGCCUGUGAGCCAAUCAUGUGACUUCACCUGAACUCUGACCUUUGCCACAAUCUUCUGCUUGAUGUGUCUACUAAGGACUUCAUGUGGAGGUGUAAGUAUAUUCACUUCUGUGGCAAAUUUCUCAAAUAAGAGUUCCUCUGUGAAAAGCGGGAAGAUGUUAUGGAGGAUUUACAGAAGAUCUUGGGUCAGGUGGGGAAAUUCUCCUGAAGUUGCUGACAGUUUAAUUUAUAUUCCCAGGAUUUUGACUUGUUUUAAUGAUCAUUGACUGGUCAUUCAUAUCAAUACCUUAAGACAAAAACAGACACCAUGGCAGCAACCUGAGCUGCCAAUAAUGACAGUCUGUGUCAUUAAUCAAAAUGGGGUUCUGGCGGGAAGGUGGGAUGUGUUACCCUGCCGAGGACAAAACUUUGCCUGGAAUCUUUUUUGGGUCUGUUGUUGGAAUAUGUUCAAUCCCUGCAUGUGCAAACAUUCCUGAUUAAACAUGUUGAGUCAGUCUGAAAAUGGUGUGAAAAUGUCCCUGGAAGUAUUCUGUUAGACUGUGUUG